AUGUCCUUAGUCCACAUUAAUAUCCUAAUAGCCUUUAUCAUAUCUCUCACGGGCCUACUAAUAUAUCGAUCUCACCUAAUAUCCGCAUUACUAUGUCUAGAAGGCAUAAUAUUAUCGCUAUUCGUCCUAGCAACCCUCACAAUCUUAAACUCACACUUCACCCUAGCCAACAUAAUACCAAUCAUCCUCUUAGUAUUCGCAGCCUGUGAAGCAGCUAUCGGACUAGCCUUACUAGUUAUAAUCUCUAACACAUAUGGUACCGACUAUGUACAAAACCUCAACCUCCUCCAAUGCUAA